AUGCCUACCGAGUUCAUUAGUGUAACCUUUCCCAACUCAGCAACGGAGAUCAACUCGGGACCUAACCCGACUGAUAUUGAUCCGACUUAUCUUGUUCGCUACGCAAGAACUCUAGAUGACUAUGGAUUCAACUACACGUUGGUGCCGUACGGCUCGGGGUCAUUUGACCCCUUCACCAUUGGUGCUACAAUAGCGGCAGUGACGAAGCAGAUCAAGGUCAUCAUCGCACUGCGUCCCAAUACAAUGUACCCAACAGUGGCUGCAAAGGCUUUGGCUACGCUAGAUCAGCUCAGUCAAGGACGUGUAGUCGUACAUUUCAUUGCUGGGGGAAGUGACGCCGAGCAGGCCAAAGAAGGUGACUUCUUGACCAAGGAUCAGCGAUAUGGCCGUUUGGAGGAGUACAUCAAGAUUCUUCGUCGCGCCUGGGAAUCUAAGGAGCCUUUUGAUUGGGAAGGGAAGUAUUAUCAGUUCAAACAAUUCAGCAAUGGAGUCCAGCCAACCAAAGGGUCGAUUCCUGUCUCAGUUGGUGGCUCUUCUGAUGAAGCCUACCGCAUCGGAGGGUCCCUAGGCGACAUAUUCGGGUUAUGGGGAGAGCCGUUGAAGGAAACCAAAGAUCAAAUCGAUCGCAUCUACGCAGAAGCUGAGAAGGCUGGCCGUAAAGACCGCCCAAAGAUCUGGGUCACCUUCCGUCCCAUCACCGCAGAGACUGAUGAUCUCGCUUGGGCCAAGGCCCACCGAACGCUGGACGCUCUGAAAGGAGGCAAGCCUCUAGGGGGAAUUGUGCCAGCGACCAGUAGUACGCCUCAGAACGUUGGGUCUCAAAGAUUACUCGAGAUCGCAGCCCGCGGCGAAGUGCAAGAUCGUGCCCUCUGGUAUCCCACAGUCACUGCCACCAAUGCGCGAGGAGCAUCUACUGCACUGGUUGGCUCUUAUCAGACUGUCUCCGAUUCCAUCUUGGACUAUGUCAACCUCGGCUGCGAGCUCAUCUCCAUUCGUGGGUACGACAACUACAAUGAUGCCGUUGACUAUGGCCGCUACAUAUUACCAAACGUUCGCGAGGCACUGGUAGAGAAAGAAAAGGGCACAAGCGAAGUCAAGGAGCCUAAUGGUUCUAGUACCGUCCAGACCGAAUCUGGCUGA